GAAAAACAUUUUUUGGUGCAAAAAAAAAUAUUAAAAUCUAUUGAAAAAAAAAAUAAAAACAAUGUCCAACUCACGAAAGCAAUAUUUCCCGAAAACCCUGAACACCAACACCUGCGAGAGAUAUCCACGUCUAAGACACACGGAGUUCUAUCGCACACCAGAACCGCGACCCUCGGUUCAAAGCCAGAAGGCGGAACAUGACAAAGAUCGAUUAAAUCGUCUACCCAGUGCUGAGGCACCCGCACAAAGUCCUCGUAUCCAACCACCGCGAUACUCGGAAGAACGAGUACUUCGCGAUAGCUAUUUUUCCUAAAAUGCAGCAAAUGGGAGGUAAAAUAAUGAACAAAUCUUUUGCUAUGUGGAAUCGUGGAAAAUGCAAACAUUAUUGGGUUAUUUA